AUGGGCUCCGUGACCGAAGUAGAAAAGACUGCCGACGGCGCGGGUUCCAAGCAGGAGCUCGAGAUGAUCGACGACUGUGGGAAAAAGCCCGUCGUCGACGUCGUCCACAACGACGAGGCCACGCGCGUGCUAGCCGCAUAUACCGGCGACCCGGAGUGGAGCGCCGAGGAGGAGAAGAAGCUGGUGCGCAAGAUUGACCGCCGCCUCUUGAGCUUGCUCUUUGUCUCGUACGGCCUCCAGUUCUACGACAAGGCCAUUCUCGGCCAGGCUGCCAUCUUUGGUUUCCGCGAAGACGCGGGUCUAGACAUUGGCAACCGGUACUCGUUCGCCGCGUCCAUCUUCUACCUCGGCUUCCUCGUCGGCGCCGUCCCCGCCACCCUCCUAGCACAGAGGUUCCCCGUCGAGAGGGUCCUGUCCACCAUCGUCUUCAUCUGGGGCGGCUGCCUCAUGGCCUGCGCGGGCUGCUUCACCUUCCGCGCCGUGUACAUCCAGCGCUUCUUCCUCGGCUUUCUCGAGUCCGGCGUCUCGCCCAUCUUUAUGCUGUCCGUCGGCUCCUUUUACACCAAGAAGGAACAGGCCUUGCGCCAGGGUAUCUGGUACAGUGCUACUGGAUUCGUCGCCAUCAUCUCCCCGCUGAUCAACUAUGGCCUUGGCCACAUCAACUCGGGCGCCCUCAAGGCGUGGCAGUACAUGUUCCUCCUCGCCGGCGGUCUCACCGUCAUCUGGGCCUUUGUCCUCUUCUUCUACUUCCUCCGGACCCGAUCCGUGUCCGCGGACUCAGCGACCAAGGAGCAGGUGUACGAGCUGCUCAUGGACGUCAAGUUCUGGCUUCUCUUCGCCAUGGGCUUCCUGAACAUGAUUCCCAACGGCCCCGGCUCCAGCUUCAUCCCCAUCAUCAUCAAUGGUUUUGGAUUCAACAGGCUGAACACCAUGUUGCUCAACAUGCCGUACGGUCUUUCGGCUGGUAUCGUCAACAUUCUCCUUCCGUACAUUGCGUACAAGUACAAGAACAUGCGUUGCUACAUCGUCAUCCUCGGUUACACCGUUGCCAUGAUUGCGUCUAUCCUCCUCUGGAAGCUCCCCAGAGCUGAAAAGGGUGCUCUUCUUUUGCUUGCUACCUAUUCCCCAUCUGGGGUGGUAGCUUUGGUGUUACUAUGGGGAUACACGAAGCGAUCCGUCGCCUCGUCCGGUCUAUUCAUCGGCUACACCCUCGGAAACUUUGUCGCGCCUCUCCUCUUCAAGGCCAAGGACUCGCCUCAGUUCUACCCCGGUUGGACCGCCGUCAUGUCUUGCUGCUGCGUCGCCAUUGCUUUGACCGUGGUAUACCGCCAGUACUGCGUCUGGGAGAACUCCAAGAGGGACAAGGCGGGUACUGCUGAGGGCUUCGAGCACGCGUUUGAGGAUGAUGUGACGGAUAUGAAGAACCCCCAGUUCCGCUAUGUGUACUAA